GCAUUACGGACGGAACUCACAACGGUGCUCCAUUUAAAAUUGAGAUAGUACCAAAGAAAUAAUAUUUACUAGACGAUUGCCAUACACAUUCAACGAUUAUAAUGGCUUCGUCCUUUAUUAACCAAAGUAAUCCCAGAGCGAAUGUUUUCAUUUUCGUUAAUUUGGGUUGUGAAAUGUUGUAUGUCAUCGAUCAACGCCUGAAAGCGCAACAAAUAGCUGAAGAGAAGUCAAUUCAAGUCAUGCACGAUAUAAUCAAUGUUCUACUGGAAACUAAAUUCAUUGAUUCGCUUAUGCGUGGCUCAGUGCAUAGCAAUGCUCAACUUUUUAAAGUGAAUCAAUGCAAAUUUAUGUUAAAAGACGUUGCCACAUGUUCACUAAUGCGUUUGGAUGAAGCUUCUAUGGAUAAACUGUGGAAUCUAAUGACAAUGAUCUAUAAAUGGCAACUGUUCGUAACGAAACAUCAAGUACAUCUUUUGGAUAUAACAAUACGUCAUUUAGACACUGUAUCGAAACUAUAUCCAGAUUUCAAGUGUAAUAUGCUUAUCGAUUAUACAAAAAACACACUUUUAGAUUUUUGGAAUAAUUGCGGCGAGGAAGGACAAUUAUCUAUAUAUCAUACUAAUAUUGCAUGGGUGCAGUGUUUCAAUACAAAAAUUUCUUUACUCAUAAGACUUGGUUUUCAAUCGAAUGAUGGAUUACUCUUACGAGAUGUGCCGGAAGAGUAUUUUGAAGAGUUUGUAGAUUCAAUUGGUGAUAAUAUAUAUGUGAAAAGCACUGAAAUCGUUAGGCAGCCUAGAGACAUUGGAUCCACUAAAGGUUCCACAACAAAUCGCAUUGAUCAAUUAGCUGAACUCUUAAAUUUUCAACAAACAUUUUGUGAUGAUCUCAAACCGAUAAAUCCUACACAAUUUCAAAAGCAAUUCGAAAAAAAUCUUCAACAAUGUAAUAUACUUUUUGAGGAUUUGGAUGUAAAUAAAAUUAAGGAAACUUCAAAUAUUAUUUCACCAUUUGAUGGAAUAAAUUCCCAUGAAUCUGGAGAAUUUGUGCAAUUGAAGCCAAUUUAUAAUAGAAGUUCUGAAAUCACAAGUACAGUUGGGAACAAAGCUGGGAAUGCUACCAUUAAUGGUAGUAAUUUUAGUCUGGACAAAAAGUUAUUAAACUUGUAUAGUGAGAUGAAUUAGACUUAAAUUUGUUUUUUGAUAUAUAGUAUAAUUAAUAAAAUUUCA